UAAUUCAAAGAUGUCGAUGUCAAAAAACAUUGGAGGAGCGUCGGUAGUAAUUGCUUCAAGUGCUGAAAUAAUACAUGAAGUGGGUCAAUUUGCAGUAGAAAGACGUUUUACUGGCGAAUUAGCCAAAGAGACCAUUAAAGUUAUGGGGAACCUUGCAGAUGCUGUUGGUCCUUACCUACCUUUU